UAGAAAUGCGCUCGGAGAGCAGCAGCACUGCUCCAGCCCCAGAGGAACCUCGAUCCCGGUCUCGCAGCGGCGCGGUGGGAGGAUGAGGGAACACUAGAGGCAUGGGACCGCACAUCUCCCGCAUGCGUCGCAGAACCUGAACGCCAAUGCUGCUGCUGGACUUUCUAAGGCUACGGAGAAACCCCAAAACUUCGAGGCUUCAAGGAUGUUCUUCUCAGAUGGGACUCUCUCAGCCGUCACUUCUGCGCUCCUCUUGGGAAUAACGUGUCUGACCGUCCUCUGCGACCUCACCAAGGGCUCUUCGGACUUUUCAGGUUACCUGUCCAAAGUGUUGAGGAACUACACCGAGCAGGCCUGUGACGGAGACUUCUUGUCUGUUCGCUGCCCGCCCCGCACCACCAUCACCGUCCAGUCAGCUUUCUACGGAAGGAGAGGCGCCUCGGACCCCCAACAGUGCCCUCAGACCUACCAGGCUCUCCUGAGCUCUUAUAACACUCGUGAGGAUGACCGAUAUUGUUCUGUGUCCACUGCUUUACAGAAAAUGCUGGACGAGUGCCAAGACAGAAGGAGCUGUCAAGUCCUUGUCAACAGCCGCGUGUUUGGGACAGACCAGUGUCCUGGCAGCAGUAAAUACCUCAUUGUCUGGUACAAAUGCAGACCUAACGAGUAUAAGAGUAAGGUGGUCUGCGAGGAGGAGAGAAUGAGGCUGAGCUGCAAACGGGGUAUGCAGAUCGCUGUUUACUCCGCCAUGUUUGGGCGAACCCAACAAGGCACCCUGGAGUGUCCCCUGUACCACAGGAGGGCCCCGUCAGUAGAAUGCCAGUCAUCUGUGGCUCUGCAGGUCCUGACCUCCCGCUGUCAGGGAAAGAAAAGCUGCCUGGUUCGAGCCUCCACCAGAGACUUUGGAGAUCCGUGUUACUCCGGCACCAGGAAGUACCUCAGUGUCAUCUACACCUGUGUCCCGAAGAAGUUGCUCCAGGAGCAGGGACCCAGACCGCCGGUGUACUCCCCUCCACCCAAUGCCCAUGACCCCAACAUAGUGGGAGACAGCCCUCCGGAGGGGAGCUCAGUCAAAAGCCCUGACACGGUUCCAGAUAGGAAGAAGAUUCGGGAGACAAACCCCAACGAGGAGAAGUUCUCAGAGGCUGGAGGAGGAGAAGAAAGACCACUGCAGCCCCCAGGCGUGAAUCCCGUCAUCAACUCCCCCUCUGGCACCAGCAUGGCCCUCAUCAGCAACGCACUGGCCGCUUACACUUACAUAUCAGACCACCCAGAGAGGGCGGCACUCUUCUUCGUCUGCGGCGUGUGUUUGGGCCUCUUCCUCACCCUCUUCGCCCUGGUGGUCCAGAUCUCCUGUCGCACCGACUGCCAGCCCCGCCAGCGGCCCCCUGCCAAGAAGCGAGCGCGCCCCGCCGACUCGUCCUCCGAUUCCAGCGACUCGGACUCGGACUGGGACACCACCUCCGACCUGUCGGCGCGAAGGCACCGGCGGUUUGAGCGCACGCUCAACAUGAACGUGUUCACGUCGGCGGAGGAGCUGGAGAGAGCGCAGAGGCUGGAGGAGAGGGAGCGCAUCAUCCGGGAGAUCUGGAUGAACGGGCAGCCUGACAUCCCCGGGACACGGAGCCUCAACCGGUAUUACUGAGGACUGCUGAGGGGCUUUUGUCUUCUAGAAAGCAUACACGACUUGAACAAAAUUUAGGACGCACUUGGGUUGGAAAGGUGCAAGAGACCCUUAUGAAGCUUUACGAGCAAGCAUGCAAAAGUGACUCAUUGCAGACUUGGAAAGAAAGUCCUCCCUCUCUGCUGGUUUGCAUAUCCUUCUGGGUAUCAUAAGCUGUACCCCAUUCAGUACGAGAAUAAGCUCCCACUCUGCAUGGUAAGCUCACCUCUUAGCCGCCUCUUUCUGCCGGAAGCGAGGGGUGAAAGGCUACACUGCCUCGCCCGUGACCUCAGCAGGCCUUUUUGAAGUGGGGAUUUAUGGGUUAGCUGCCUUAGACACACACAGGCCUGUAGAGACUACAUGACUGAAGGACCAAGGACUCAGAUGGGUCUGUUAUAUGCAGAACGUGAGGCAGCUGCAAAAGACUGUGACACUUGGAGCUUUAUGCCCAGCGCCCUCCAGUAUUCAGGACUUUACAGAGGGGCAGCAUGAAGCAGGAAGAAGUGUACAUGGACAGAGGGAUGAUGUAAGACAAUCUCUCCACUGCGAAUAACCACGCUGCCUUUUGAACUUCAUAAAAACCAAAAGAUAUUUUUGAGGGGAAUUCAUCUCAACCCUUAUGAAAUCUAUUUUAUAAUAUUUAAUAGUUUAUUGAUGUUGUGUAUUUUUGUUCUCAAGUAUGGUUUAUUAUGAGAUAUUUUUAUACUUGGCGAAGGUUGUCUGGCACCUCAGGGAUGCAAUCCUAGUGUUUCUGUGUUUGGUUGAUGUAUUUCCUAAAGAAGGGGAUCGGCCCAUUUAAACAGUGAUGUCAGCAUUUAAAGAAAAGAAUUAGAAAUAUCAUAUAAAGAGCCUCAAAGAGGUUUGGCGAUUUAACCUUAUUUUUGAUACAGUAUGUUUAAUUCACAGUGCAGUGCCUUUUCUAGCUAUUAAGUCACUGUUGUUAAGAGUGCAGCUGGUGUUUAACUCCGUAAGUGGUCAAAUGGUUUAUCAAUUGGAUAUCUCAAAUUUAUCUUCUCAUAUAUUUAUUCCCAUUUAUUAUUACUGUUGCUUUGCUGAAGUGGAGCAUGUGUAAAAUCUGAAUGUCUCUGUCACACAUUGCACUUGCUAUCUCCCCACUUGUAAAUGUACAUAACCAGAAUAUGCCAAUUUUGUGCCAGUGGAUUUGCAAAAAAAGUCACGUCUUGUGUCAGCUGUGGCCCCAAGACGCCAGUGCUAACCCAGAUGCUUGUGGUAAUGGCUGCUCGCAGCCAUCUGGAGAAGGAACCUGCACUGAAAAAAGGUUCACAGAGGACGUGCAAACUGCGUCUCUUAAACCAUGUUGCCAGUUUAAUAAAAUAAGCUAUUGUCAAUCCAGUUCUGUUUGCGCUGCCCUGGAUUCAAGCAUAGAAAUGAUUAUAGUUUUCAGAAAAAGCUUGGUAUUUUCCUGACUGAAAGUUUAACUGAGAGGACACAGGACAUAUUAGGGUCAUCCACAUACAGACCGCCACUCUAUAUAGUUUUUAUUAAGACAGUUUCAAAUGUGUUUAAAUUUGAAUGGGAUUACAAUGUGCCAAUAGCUGGUAAAGUGAGACCAAAAUAUGACUCCUGUGCUUGGAAU